UUUUUACAGAAUUCAAAAGAUUUUUCCUCUGUUUGCGGUGUGUUUUUUAACCGAAGGCCGGCUGCUUUACAUGGUAGAUUCUAUAGAUGGUAUAAUAUUUUUUACUAUCCAUUUCUUGAAACUUUUGAGAGGACAAUUGAAAUUUUCAUACUGUCAUCAAGAGAUCGAUCUAUAAUCCAUUUAAAAUUUUAUGAAAUCUUGCCUUGAUUCAAUAUUGACAUCAAUAAUCAAAUUGGAGUCUUGAUCAUCCUGAACCUCGGACAUUACUGCAUGCAUGAUGAGAAUUCGUUCAGUAUUUUUCGAUAGGCAAUUAUCUCUGCCAAUUUUAUAUUUUUUUAUCCUUGGUAUUAAAAUUUCGAUGGGUUCGUGAUAGAAAUUUUGUACACUAAAUGGUAACAACUUGAAUUGUAACAAUUACUUACUAUACAUGGCUAAACAAAUUUCAUUGCGAGAAUCAUGUGUCGCUAAGUGCCUCCUUUACGUGGGGUCAUCCAAUCUAAACUUGCAAAUUUGGAUACAAUGAUAACAGUUGGAUAAAAUUGUAUUGCUUACGAAAUAAGGUACAGGAUAUCAAUAAGCUCUAUUCCCAUUUUGUCUUUUGCCUCAGCAAACAUCAGAAAUCAAAAAAGUAAAGUUGUAAUAUUUUGUGGGAGGUAAGUAUGCGAAACCCUUAUUACUCAUUUACCCAUCUGUUUAAAGCUUCGAUGUGUUAUGCGUUAUGUUUCGUUUUUAUUGUUAACGAGACUUUAUAAUUAUAACCUUUUUUUAUAUUUCUUUGGACUUUUUAAAUCUUUAGGCUUUCAUCACUCAAAGGGCUUAAACUGUUGUUAGAUAGAAUUUGAAGGUGAGUCACCAUACCGAGCAGAGUUGAGGCAAUGUGAAGAUAAAUUGUAUCUCAUUGGACAUGUUUUUCUUUUGUUUCAUUUCUAUUCAGCGGCAGAAACCAAGAUGGAAGUCCCCAAGACUGUUUUUAUUUUGGUGGCCAUGAUCAUUUCAGCAGGUUGGUAUAUUCGAAAGUAAUAGAUUCUUCUCAAAAGGGAAGCUGGAUGAAAAUUGCUAAUUAUGAUACGCACAAAGGGAAAGCUAUGUCAGAGCCUUUUCAAAACUGAAUUUUAUUUUAGCGAUCCGGCCUAAGAAGUUUAAGAGAGCAAGGUGUUAUUUCAGCCAAGAAAAUAAAAUUCUUAGUUGAAAAGAAAAGAUGAAAGAAGUUUAUAAUUGGGAGUAGAUGCUUCUAAAUAAGAUUUAAACGAAGAUAUGAGAUUUCUCGAGAGAAUAUGGACUCCUAACUGACCUCAAAGAUUGCAAUACGCUGUUCAGAGGGUCAGCUGUUUUGAUCGGAAAAAUUUAUCUAAACUCAUUGGUAAUAUUAAGAAAAAAAAACAAAAUUACCAUGUUAAUCACUAGAUCUUUAAUUUUUCUCUGAAUUGAAAAUCCAAAUACAUGUAUCGAAAAGUUUAUCUGAUCUUCGCUACCUUCACGACAAAUUAACAAUUAUCACACUGACACAAGAUGCACUUCCUUUUUUAUGGGUACACAGCCGCACAAUUCCCGGACUGCAACGACCACCCCCUCAACGAAUGGUUCACAACUGAAUCUUGUGAAAAAUGCAAAUGUAAUACAGGCGGUGGAAUUGCGUGCAAACCUCUCUGCCCGUUAAUGCGUUGCCCUCUAGGGCAAAAGCUGGAAACGUAUGGAGUCCAGCCAAUGGGAGGAGGUUGCCACUGUGAACUCAAAAGAUGUGUCCCAGUCCGGAAUUAGCAGCUGCAAAAUGCUUCCAGUAUUGAUGUUAUGCCUGUUAGAACAGGGGAAAAAACCUAGUGAUAGGGGACUCUUGGAAAAGAUAACUGAAUAAAGAGAGAAAGGAAUCAGGCUUGAGUAUGAUAUCUAUGUUCAUCUAUUAGAGUUGAAAUGAUAUAUGACCAGCCUUGGAAAGGAGUAUUUAUGAAGGCAGGAAUUAAACCUCCUCGAAAUAGAAUUGAAGACAUUGCAACGGAAGCUUUGGAUGGUUUGUUGUUCACCGUCUUGGGAUGCUUGGAUAAUCAAACACUUUUCUUCUUGUCCUAG